CGUAUCAAAGCAUCUGUCACCCUUUUUGGCCUCUAAAACUUCCAGACUUUUUUCUUCGUGGAUAAUUAUGUAGGUUUUUGUACAUACAGCGCCUCACAAAAGUAUUCGGAAUUCUAAUUUUCUUAGUAAGAGUGAUCAGAUUGGAGGUACUUUCGCAAAUAGAGGUUUUUUUGGCAGAUCACGCCCGACUACUGUCAGACUAAAUACAUAAUUUUUUUUACUAUUCAUUGACAUUUCAUCAUAAAAAGGCUUACGCCUCAAUAACGUUUACAAAUCGUAUAACUGUAUUACGAAAACCGACGAUCUGUGGAAAGUGUUCAUCGCGUGCUCAGGCCAACUUUGGUGUUCAGCGAUGAACCGUAUUUGGGCUGAAGAGCAACCCGAAGCCAUUCAAGAACGGCCAUUGCAUCCAUUGAAAACAACCAUUUGGUGCGUCCUAUGGGCUGGAGGAAUCAUCGGCUCAUAUCUCUUCAAAGACGAGGCUGACGCCAAUGUAAUAGUGAAUGGCAAAAACUAUGGCGCCAUGAUAAACGAUUUUUCGAUGCCAGAAAUUGAAGUCCGUGAUCUCUCCAACCUUUGGUUCCAACAAGACGGUGCUACUUGCCAUACAGACCGUGAAACAAUGAAUUUACUGCGUCGUCCUCUCGGGGGCAUGUAAAGUCUAAAUGCUUUGUGGAUGAACCAGCUUCGAUUGAGAUAUUGGAAGCCAACAUUACUGAAGUUAUUCAAGAGAUACCAGCUACUGACCGAAGUCCUCCAGCGAGUGAUUCAAAAUUGUUGUUUAAGGAUGGCCGAAUUACGGCGCAGUUGCGGCUAG